GUUCAGUACAUAAGGUUUUUUUGUUUUACACGUAAGCGAAUUUCGGUUAGAAACUAAAACAAAGAAAAUGUUUUUCAAAAUACCCGUUCUAUUAUGCGUUUUAUACUUUUUUACAGUAGCUUGGAGCUAUGGAUUAGACAAGGACCAAAUCGACGAAUUAGUUGUUCUGUACCAGAAGCACGAUAAAGCACAAAGCAGUAAUAUUAAAAAUGAGGCUAUAUUUCCCCACGAAGAUACCGUUACUUACUUAGAGCAAGUAAAGUAUACAGGUGAUAUCGAACGAUUUCAAAAAAAAAAACCGAAAAGCAAGCAAAAAGAAUUUGUGGUCAAUAACAAGACCAUGCCGCAGUUUUUGAUAAUGUUGGCCAAUAACAAUAAGACAUCUGACUGCUUGUUGAAUGAAGGUUUAACAUCAUAUGAAGUAAACAUUUUCAUGGAAAUGUUCAUCAUACAUGAUAAAAGAAGAGACGGGGUCUUCGGCGAAAAAGAAUUAGAUGUGUUACUUAAUGCCCAGUUUAUAGGUGGCCAUAAAGUGAUUAUGAUGGAAAAACUUGCAAAAAAAGUACCAGUAAAUGCACUAUUGUACUUGGAGGCAAUAUUGAAAGAAAAACCCAGGUUUCAUCAACACCUGAACAAAGCGCAGAUAGACAAAUGUCACGCUUUAUACGACAGUUCUAAAAAUCACCUUGAUAGGAAAAAACAAAAAGCGUUAUUUGAGACGUUGAAUAUUGUUCCCGAUAAGUAUCAUUACUUAUUGGAUAUGAAGUCUGCCCGACCCGCCACUCAUGAGUUACAAGAGCUUUUGGUAUUUUUGUCGGAAUAUGACAAUGAUUUCGUGAAAACAGAACCUUUUAUAGCUCACGUUAGGCAGUAUGUACAUGAUUUCUCUGUCUACUAUGACAAAGACCGUGAUGGUUUGCUCAACAUUCAGGAAUUUGAAGAGGCCACUAAAGAAAUUAGCCCUGAAUACAAUUCGGAAACUUUUUUGAAUAAAUUUUUUCCCAACGGUACUCCUAUAUGUAUUGCAGAGUACUUGAACAUGAGAUUAUCUUUGGAUCCAAAAGAUCGCAAUAUGAAAAUUCGAGGGUAUACGCCCUUUUAUUAAUAUUGUCCUUAAUGAUGUUUGUUUCAUUUGACGCGUGUUGUAAAAUUAAGUUUUGUAUAUUUUAAAAGUUGAAUUAGUACAUCAUAACUUUGUUUAAAAAAUUAAUGUAUACUCGUAGUUUACGUAAAUUUACAUAUUCGCGGGUACUAAUUAUAUCUUUUGGACUUGUUAUAUAUUUUGUGGGCUAAUUAUAUUAUAAUAAUAGUGUGAUAAUUGUGUGUGGUUAGCUUUAUUACUAUGAGUAUUGUUGUUUGAAAGUGUUCUAAAGACAAUACGUCAUGUAUGUCUCUAAUUUAUUCAACGGUUUCACCUUGAAUAUAGCCAUUUGGGCAAUACUAGUUUUCGUAGUCCCUAACUUUUGUUCCAACACGGAGUCACAGGUCCAGCUUAGAUUAUAACUACAUAUGUUCUCACGAUUGACAAUCGUAUUAUGUGUCACUGGCUAAUUAUAGUUCUAUAGUGUGAGUUACGUUCACUGGCUGUGGUAUAGUUCCUAAAAAUAAUACUUUCAUUAUCUGAUGGCUGUUGAUACUACCAUAUCAACCUGGGAAUUGACUACGGUUAAUGUGUAAUUUUCCUCUUUUUUUGUGGUUAUUCCAUUUUUUUGGAUGUGUUUUUCGAUUUUAAAGGGGAAGAUGUGAAUAUUUUUAAGUUCUGGCCCAAUAAAGUACUUUUCAGGUACGAUUCCUGCUCUAUAAAGUUGCCACAUGAUGAAAUCGAUUCAGCGGUUUAAAAAUUAUCGAGGGCCCAGACACACAAAAAAAAAAAAAAAAACCACCAUUGUAAAUACAAUACUUUCUCAGCUCCACAUCGAAGCUAAUAGUCAAGGCCAAGACUCAAUUCAAGUGGUCAGUAUAGUAUUUUAAUCAAACAUUAAGUAAGUAUAAAGCAAUUUUUUAUAUUAAACAUAUUAUAAUUAAAACGAAUAAAAUAAAAAAUAUUGAAACAAAAUAAAAUUAAAUCCACAAAUUAUAGAUAAUUAUUUAUUUAAACAAAAAACAGUAGUUUAUUUGGUUUUAAUGUAAAGUUAAUUAAAUUUAUUUUAUGUAUGUUUUUAAUAAUUUAAAAGACCUUUAAACCAAAAACUAACAAAAUUAAUAGGCCGACCGGUGAGGACCAAGUUAGCUAAAAUCCCGGUCAAUAAGUCCACACGACAUUAUUAAUACGAAUUAAUUUAUAUAUUACAUACAUUUGUGUGUUUUGAACAGAAAUUUUAUUUUCUGCAACCAGUUUUUAGCAUCGUCUUGAUAUUUUGCUAAAUAUUCCGCCUGCUGUAAGAAAUGUCUUUAGCUAAAGGUUAACUCGGUUCAGGCAGAAUCUGCAGUAAAUAUCGCACUCAAGUAUACUGAAAAACAUGGCCUUUUAAAAUGUGAAGAACAAUCCAAAAAGGCCACCUGGGUAGCAAUAAAAAUUCUGUUAAAAACAAUCGAGAACCAAAUGAAGUCAAUUGGGUCAAAAUUAUAAAGUUCAAUCAAAACAAAUCUACCAAGAAGUUGAACAAUCAACGCAGUUCAAAUAACUACAAAUAGGAUCAAAAUGGCGAAACUAAUAGACAAAGUGUCAAGUCGUCAAAAUCACAAGUCA